AUGGCUGCAUACCCUGAAGAUUCAAGUGAAAAUCUGGUUUAUAGAAUGACAAUCAAUGGUGUUGACUUAACUGCAAAAAGCUUUUAUGAUAUCGCCGCGAUAAAAUUUGAUUUUAAUGAAAUUGAUGCUAUGGUCAAACUUCACAUUUUAAAGACUCGCGAAGUUAUAAAUCUCAAUCGGUUGAGAGAAGAUUUAAAUGCACUGAGAAGAGUUUUAAUCGAUUCAAAACGGAUGAUUCGUGCGGGAAAUCCAGAAGUCGCUGCCGCAUUUCCAAUAUAUAAUGAAGACAGAAUUGAAUUGGUGCAACUUUUGAAUAAUGGUCUCAAUGUUACUUAUGAAGAACCACCAGAACUGCCUAAUCGGAAUGCCACAUAUGUACAAAAUCGCGAUGGUACUUAUGAAGUACUGCCAGAAAUGCCUGAUCGCAAUGCUACAUAUGUACAAAAUCGCGAUGGUACUUUCGAAAUUCCUGAAGAAGUGAUCCCACUUCAUCUCGAUGCUAAUUAUGCUGCUGCUGGAAUAAUUGGAUCACCUAACGCUGCUCAGAGACGUCUCGGACCGAGAAUGAGAUCAAGAAUUCCUGUGCGAGUUGUACGACCGAUGAAUAUUGUCAAUAAUAACCGUCUCAGACCCAGGAGAAUUAGAUCAAGAAUUCCUGUACGAGUUGUACGACCGAUAAAUAGAGUCCAUGAUGGACGUUUCAGGCCGAGAAUUGGACCAAGAUUUCCUGUGCGGAAUGUACGACCGAUGAAUAGAGUCAAUGCCAUUUAUAGACGUCCCAGACCGAUGAUUGGAUCAAGAAUUCCUCAACGACAGAUGAUUAGAGUCAUACCUCAGCAAAGAACUCCUCGAACACCAAAUAUUCCGAACCCAGUUUAUGUUGUUCCUGAUUAUAGAAGUCCGCUUAGAAGAAACGGCAGUCGAGUUUGCGCAGCUCCCAGGGCUAGAAGACCUCGUCGACUCUUUCAGGAUGGAGAUCUCAACAGAAUUAGGCUUUUUGACGAUCAACCAGAUGAAGUUCAUGGUCAUAGAACUCCGCCUAGAAGAAACGGCAGUCGAAUUUGCGCAGCUCCUAGGGCUGAGAGACCUCGUCGACUCUUUCAAGAUGGAGAUCACAACAGAAUUAGGCUUUUUGACGAUCAACCAGACACACCUCCAAGAGUUAGAAGCCCUCGCCGACUCUUUCAAGAAGGGGCACUUGAUAGAGUUAGAAAUCGCCUUUUUGACGAUAAUUGA